UGUGAGGUUCGCAGGCACCACGAUAUGGUUGUGUGUAUGUGUAUUUGUGCGUAUGUGUGUGUGUGUGUGCAGUAUGUAUGGUGCCAUUUCAUUCUGGCUGUUGUCCCGCGAGGCGCAUUAACCAACCCCUCACCGUUUCGACGCACGUGAAUUGUGCCCCUGCGCGCAUGGUGCGGUUCAUGGUGGGCUUUUGCGGAAAAACCAAAACGAAAAGAACAAGUAAAAAAAAAAAAAGGCGAAAUGCCAGGAAUCACACGGCGGAAAAAAUAGUUGACGAAACCAGCGUUGGCAGUACUAUGUCCUUAACAUCUUUCUCUGUCACGUGGAUUGGUAGUGCGGUUGUGAGACGUGCCGAAACAGGCGAGAUGGUUCUGUACGACAAAUAGUGUUUGUGAUAAAAAUCAAUGAUAGCUUUCCAAUGAACAGUUGGCGGCAUGGUUAAGAUGGCUUCAACGGAGGAACAGGAUAGGAAAAUAGUGCUAGAAUUCUGCCACUUGCUGGAGAAGUCGAAACAGCUCUUCAACGGACUUCGCGAUCUGCCGCAGUAUGGGCAUCGGCAGUGGCAGGCGUACUUCGGUCGAACGUUCGACGUUUACACCAAGCUGUGGAAGUUUCAGCAGCAACAUAGACUAGUCCUAGAUUCUAAGUAUGGUUUAAAGCGAUGGCAAAUCGGAGAAAUAGCUAGCAAAAUUGGACAACUCUAUUAUCAUUAUUACCUUAGAACGAGUGAAACAAAUUAUCUCAAUGAAGCAUACUCUUUUUAUGCUGCGAUCAGAGGGCGCGCUUACUACUCUAGAGCAAUCAAGGAGGACCGACCGGAUCUCAUGGUUAAGAAACUACGUUACUACGCUAGAUUUAUUGUUGUUUGUUUACUGUUGAAGAAGAUGAAGCUAGUGAGAGAGUUAGUUAUUGAAUUGGAGCGACAAAUACAGGAAUACACCACGACGUACGAGCCAGAAGAUCAGCUAGAGUGGUCACUGGUGCUGGAGGAAAUUAAAGGAUUUAUUAAGGCAGAAUCAGCCGUCGCCGUGCUGCAUGCCGAUACCAAUCCGAUCGUACUAUCGCACAGUGGUUCUGGUUCCAGGUUAAGUCCGCUCACCACGCCACCCUGCGAACGGACACCGCACAUGACGCUCAGCCUGCAGGAGAUUUUGAUCGUUGGUUCCGCCUGUGAGCAGGCCAAAUUUUCCGAGCUAACGAUGGACAUGUUUCGGAUGCUACAAACGCUGGAACGUGAACCAACCGAUGCGAUGCACCCGAUGAUCGGUCAUCCGAUGGCACACGGUGGUCCGCACGAUGCUAGUCCAGCCGCGAGUCGUAUGCCACCGUACGGUGUACCAGGUUCCAAAGGAUACGUGGAAAAUGGAGAUCGUCGGGCGAUGCGUGAUAAUCCACACAAGUAUUUGCUGUACAAACCAUCACUCAGCCAGCUGAUGGUGUUUUUAUCCAGCGGCUUCAAGGAGCUGCCACCGGGUGGUGCACUACUACUGUACAUGUCCGCCGACGGGUGCUUCUCGACUACGAAGCAUCCGCAAGAUUAUGGGUACGAGCUGGGAGGAUUGGCCACGAGUGUAAAGCGCGACGCAGUAGACAGUGGACUAUCGGUGCGUGGGAAAUCGAGUGCCGGCUACAAGGAACCGCACUGUCUGUAUCCGGGCGAUCUGUAUCCUUACACGCGGCGGCCUCUCUUCAUCAUAAUCGAUUCGGAUAAUUCAUUCGUGUUCCAGCACAUACCGAGAUAUUUCGGUCAACCGUUAGUUAUACUCAUGUCACCACAGGAUGUUCCUGCCAGCUACCAAGAUUUGCAGCAUCACGGUUCACUGUUUACGUUAUUCCUGCAUUCUCCAAUGACGGCCAUGUGCUACAUCUGCAAUGUCGGCGAUGUGCCGAUACAUCACUGGGAACGGUGUCAAAGUUAUGUGGACCGGUUCGUUACCGAAGCGUCCCGUCUAGUGACGCGUUGCCGGAUGGACGAAAUUGAACAGGGUAUCGGGUACAUAGAUUCAUCAUACGUGCAGUUCUUCGGUGAUGAUUUCCUGCGAACGCUCAUUCUACGGUUCGUGUUUUGUGAUGUCGCGUUGCGACUGCAUCGUGGCUUCCGUGGACGGCAUCAGCGGCCCCGUUGCGAACCACCACUGCCCGGGCCGGAACUGCUAGAACAUCCGUCACUGGCGCACAUCGUACUGCAGUUGGCAACAGCCCUCGACGUGAGGGGCCACUUUGUCGAGGGACCUGAAGGCGAUUGAUGCACGUACGGUGCGAGCUUUACCGCACGGUUCCGAGCCGGCAGCGACGAUUCAAUCGUGUUCCAGCGCGUCAUGCUGACGGUAGGCUGCCACGUGUUUCUGUGUGCGACCGCCAUCAUGCUAACGCUGCUAAUGAAGAUGCUGCAAAGCGCAUCGAUCGUCCAUGAUCGUUUAACGGUGCUGCGUCCAAUCGCCGUAUACAACCCUGUUCGUACGCCGUUCUUUGUGCAGAUAGAGCGAAGGCACAGUACGUCGCUUCCAAAAGUACUAUUGUCCGAUUGCGUGGAAUGUUGCACCACGCGUUCCGGUUUGCACCACACGUUCAGAUCGCUCAACGAUCGAUAAGUAUUAACGUAGCGCGGUAAUGCGUACUCGAAUGGCUAGUUUAAAAGCUUGCAGCUUUCCAAAAACCGUCUUCUUAGCGUGUGCUCGGAAUAUUUCCCCUCUUUCGUUUGUGUUCGCUCUACCUUAUUACAAAAACCAAACCAAACACACGGAAACACACACAUUUCGGUUUUUGUAGGUGUCAAAACAUAUAUUUGUAGCUUUUUACGCGACUUGUUACUAUUUAUACGACAUUGGCUAUCGAAUGUGCUUGGCUUCGGACGGCCAACCAAACAACCAAACGACCAUGCGAAGCGAAGGAAUGGGUUCUCCACGGUUUGGCGCCAUGAAACUGGAUGGCGUUAGGCGGGACAACGGUGAUCGCGCGUUUUUGUAUGGCCAUAUUUAUAUAGUUCCCAAAAACCUGGAGAUGAUGAUGCAUCUAUGUACUAUGAGUUGUGAGGCGAUACUCGUAAGAGCGGAUGCAUUUUCCACCUUCACAAACGCAAAUGAAAAACAAAGCAAAUAUUACCAUUGGCAAAGCCAUUUGGGAACGUAAAAACAGAACAUGGAACGAACACAGCAACACUUUACCCGCUAAAGACCAGUCCUAGUCGUGACGAUUCGAAUCGUUUUUCAUUUUUCUUUUAUUGAUUCGUAGAUCAAAAAAAGGGUGGUAAGAGAAGAACCGGCAGCGGUCUCCUAACCAUCUCCCCUUCCUCCCUUUCCCUUAUCUCCUCCCCACACACACACACAUUACACACACAGACAGACGGGUCCAUGGCGUAUCAUGGUACCGGUUGAAAACCUUCGUGAGAGAGUAUAGAUAUAUCAAAGUUUAUCUAUUUAUAUAUAAACAUAUUUAUAUUUAUAUAUAAAUACAAAUAUACCUACAUUAACACACAUCCGCUUGCGCAAUGAGAAACUAAAAUACUUAUAGAGGCAGAGAUAAAAAGCGGGUGGAGGAAGCAGAAGAAGAAGAAAAUGUAGCAAAGUCGCGAUACUUAUUGAAAGGCCAGUGAAGAAAAGGGGAAACGGAAAACAUAUGCUUAAAAACGUAUAUUAUAGAAAAUUUAAAAAAAACAUGACAAAGAAAGGACCGAACGACCGAAAACGCAAAAACAAAAACAAAACAAAACACCUGUACUUAUACUCCGCCGCUUUGUUUAAGUUUUGAGGUUUUGAUGUGAUUUCUUCUCCAUUGUAAUUACUUUGCCCCAUUGUGUGCACACCAUUUACCAACCUAUCCAACCAAAGCAUUUUCACUUUGUUAAAGGUUUACCAUUCUAGUCAUCAAAUCAGUUCUAGUGAACCUGUGCCGUUAUGUGUUACACUAGUUACGUUUGCGAACGAGUACAAUUCAUUGUAAGCGCUUGAUUUUAUUUUUAUUUCGCUCAUUUACUCGCUGGAACACUCACACACUUCUUACUGUGAUGCCAACAUGAUAAAAACUGGCACUGGCCGAAGGCACGCUGGUAUCAUUUCGCUUAAACCCUUUACUGUGCAUUCUUACCUGCGUAAUGCGUAUGCGUACAAUGCAUAACACAGGAGAAAGGAGAACUACGAACAAACAAAACGGACACUUUGGAAAACUUAAGACGAAGUAAAAUAAAAAAAAAAACAAACAAAAAACAAAAACAUCUACUUAAGAAGAUACCCAGCCGAUAUUUGGACAAUAUAUAAACGUGUGAUCACUGCCGCUAUUUCGCUUCAUUAGUAGGAAACAAGAAAACAAACAAAAUAAACAACUUAAACACAACAUAAAAAAAAAACAACAACAAACAAAAAUGAAACAACAACCCCACUUAACGCGGGGGAAAAGAGAGGUACCAAGGAUACGUCUGAGGAGAUACGCAAAAAGGGAAGGAAAGAGCGCAAAAACACAUAGGAUGGGAAAACAAAAGCAAACAACAGAAAACGUAUAAUUUUUGGUGAAGAAGCAUACCGGUGAUUACAUACCAACGGAAUAAUAGUACCCCUCCUUGCCGCAUAUACAUAAUAGAUAACAGAACACAAUUGCAGGCGUAAAAGAUUUUUUUGUUGCUGUUUUGUUUGGGUCUUCCGUUCGCUGUGUGUAAACAAUGGGAGGGACACGUGCUUUCGUCACCUUCUUCAGCGACGGACGGUGUUGACUCAUGCACACAAACACACACACACACACAGAUCGGAACCGGGAAAAGUUUGUUCAGUUUCCAGAUUUAUUUUUACUUUACUGUAGACAACAACUUGUAAGGUUAUUUAGGUAUAUACACAUAUACAUCUAUAUAUAUACACAUACAUAUAUACAUAUAUAAUGCGCCGCGUAGUAGAUUUGACCGCAUCCCACGGUUAUCAUCAUCGGCUUUUUGGGAUGGAUCGUAAGGCGAGCGAAACAGUUGGCAACAGAAAGAAGAGAUGUAAAGGGUACGCUAGCAAAAAAAAAAAGGUGUAGGUAGGGAAAUAUAAUUUAGCAUAAAUGAACAAAACCAAAAACCAAUCGCUACGAUUCGUACAGGAGGUAAACUGGCUUUGAAUGAAGCUUAAUUUGAGUACUAUCUUCAGCUGUUAGUAUAGCAAAAGAAAAUGGGGCGAAAAGAAGCAAAACAUUUGGAACUUUCCUUUUUUUUUUAUUUGUCGGGUAAUGCGGUUCCAUUUCGAUGAAGCGUGAGAUUUUGAAGCAAAAAAAUUUUUUUUUUGCAAAAUUUUAAAUUAUCAUCGCUGGCCCCAGAGAGCUUGUAUACUGAACUGAGAGCAGUAUAGAAAAAAAAAACACGACCACAUGUCAAAGAACAACAUUCCUCUAUUUUGCAUCCUUGUCUCCUUUUAGUCAAUAAUAGUGACUUUAAACAUGUAAGCGAAAUUUUUUUGUUUUUGCCCGGAAGCUGCACUUCCAGCCACACGGGCGAAGCGCACGUAGGAAAUCCCUCAUGCUAGUGGCAAGAUUUAGUCGUAUUUGUCAUGGAUGGAUGUCUCCGUGUGUGUGUGUGUGCGUGUGUUUAUACACAGCUAGGUAGUAUAUGCAGAUAGAUAGAGCAGAUGAUAGUGUAAUCCCUGUCACCCUUAGCAACCAUAGUCGACUAUCGUUCGUGUUGUUUCGUUUUUGCGUUUUUUUUUUCGUGCCUUGCGUUGUUCCAGUUUUUGCGAUCAUCUGCGCUCGCCGCUCCUCUAUCGAUUGCAGUUGAGAUGACCCGAUUUUGAUGUUGGAUAGGAUCGUACGUAUGAUCAAUUAGGGCUAGUAGCAGCUAGAUGGAUUCGCUUAAAUAGAUCGCACACAUACGUAUGUAGGCGUUUUUCCGCUUUUUUUUAUUUGUACCAGGAAUACUCACGUUGUAACCUGACGAAAGAUGUCGUUUUUUUGUUUGUUCCUCCCGGGUUUGAUUGUAUUAUAUGCACGGGCGACUAUCCGAUGACUGGUAUUGUUCGUUUAAAAAGGGGAUAUUAAAACCCGCUUUACAGUGAUCCACUUGAAUGUAAAGUGUAGAGGAAAGGCAACAGGAUGCACUAGAUCGAUUGCUAAGCCAAACAAUCAAGCAGAAGCAGAAAGCAGAAGAAGAAAAAAACAAAAACUAUAUACUGUAGAUGAAACCAAUAAGAAAACAAAAAUGCGCUACGGUAAGCAGCUCAGCUCACAUCAUCAAAACAAGACAACAACAAAACUCCACCCCCCUCAUCACAAAAUAGAUAAAUACCAAUAAGAAAUAAAACGCUUCUAGGUUACUAUAUGCGCGGAAUGUUGAAUGUAAACACACAAAGCCAGAGUUAUAUCAUAAUAAUCAUACGCAAAAAAAUCAUUCCUCAUUUCUGUUCCAGAGAAAGAAGAAAGGACACAUAGACACAGAACAGAUAUAUAGAUAAUGGAAAGCAACAACAACAAAAAAACGUCAGCGCAAAAUCCCCAUUCAUCUCUCGUGCCCACACAUCCUUCGUCCUCCAAAAAAAAGGCUCCUCAUGCCCGUUUUUCCCCGUAUAGCAUAAAAUAUUAGUCGUUCACUUAUAGACACACAAUCGAUCAGAACUCACUCAACCAACCAUACAGACACACACACACCCACACGCAAACAGAGUAAGGACAGGGCAAUGUCCGUUCAUCGUUGUUCGUUGUUCAUUUUCUGUUAGAUGGUAGCUAAUGUGCAGAAGAAGAAGAAUACCAACCGUGUGUAAUAUUUAUUGUUUCGCCUAAAUAUCGCGCAAUGUAACCCCAAAACCGAACCCGUUUGUACAGCAGGGCAUGAACGAAAGGAGCAAACAAAAAAAAGAAACGGGAGAGACAACUAAAAACAAACCAAAAAAUUGCGAUAACACAUGAUUAAGCGGUACUCUCUAGUCAUCGUAGCGUAGAAGUGUAGUGUACGAGUAAAACAAAACAUACAAACGCAAACGUAAAACAAACAACAACAAAAAAUGCAGUAACAGCGACCCUAAAGGUGAUACCAAAGUGUUUAAUGAGAAUAUACAAAACUAGGCAAAACACGAGAGAGAGAAAGUGGAAGAAAUUGUGCAGCAAGCAGCAGCAGAACAAAACGAAAACAAAACACAAGUAAUUCAAAACAUGACACAAACCCACACACUCAAGAGUUAGGAAGAAAUGAUGAAAGAAGGUAACAAAACAAAAGCGCUAAAUAGCAGCAGUAAAAGAAUGUACUACAUUGUAAGCAAAACUGGAAACAACAUAGAAAACGAUCAAAUCAACAAGCAAAACCAAACAAACAAACAAAGUGUGGAGCAAACGAAAGAAGAAGAAAAGAAAACCAUUACACCCACACAAAAACACACACACACACGCAACUAUCUGUCAUUUACGGAACGAAACCCGAAUACACUGAAAAACAUCAAUAUAUCACUGCCCUAAGUGUUUCACUUAAAAGUAAACUGAGUAACAAAUAGUAACAAAAGUCGGAGAAGAAAACAACAUUAACACAAUGUUAACGUUCACUAACGUAACUGUAGAGGUGAUUCUUGGUUUUCCGUCGCUCUUUGCUGUGCGUGCGCACGAGGGAAACUAAUGCAGCAAUGAAUAUUACAGCUUCACCGCCAAUUAGAAGGAUAUGAAUUUAUCAAACAGGCGCAUACAUACACACACACGCAUGGGAACGGAGAUUUUUGUCGCGUAGAUUUUUCUACAAAUCACAAACACAAACACAACCGUACGCAAACACUAACAGCAAAUAGCCAUUCCACGGAUAAAGAACAUCUCUCCUGUAUACUAACGAAGCAGCACUAGUGUUUCUUACUUUUUCACGUAUGUGAUCGUAUCAUAGCAACCAUAGAGUGAUGCACAAUUCCAGGUUAAUAAUGCCAAGGUAUGCUCAUAUUUUCUCAUGAACGAUCAUCGAGAAACAUACGCACGCAAUGGAGAAAGAAAGAGCGCGCGAGCGAGAGAGAGAGAGAUGGUCCAGGAUGUUGCAUGCAGGGAUCCAAAGUUGGUUAGCUAUGGUUUUAUUGAUUUUACUAGGAAAUUUAAAAUAUGUUUUUUCUUGUUUUGUUUACUUUAAAACGCUAGGAAAAAAAACAUUAUACAGAAACAAAGAAAGAGACGUAUGGCAACCCACCUGAACACAAGGGAGGAUACGGUUUCAGCCAGUAAAUGAUUCAACUACAAACAAAACAUUCACUAUAGAAAUAUUGCCCCCCAUCCCCUCCUUAUUCAAAAAACAAACAAAAAGAAAGGAGAAGAAUAGCAAAAGUAAAUUCCUAUUUUCUAUUGCCGUGUUUAGUGUCAGCGAAAAUGGUAACAUUAACCCGGGAGAAGGAAAAAAAAACAGCAAAGACAAACAAUUUGUUGCGACAAGCGAAAACGGAAGGCAAAACCAAACAUUACAAACAAACAAACAAACAAAAAAAAACCCAAACCAACAAUCACAUAUUUAGAAUAGUGCGUAAUAUUUGACAAAAAAAAAACGGAACAGAAAAGAGAAACACACAAAGAAGAUGCUGAAAAGAACGAGACGCGACUUAGCAGAAAACAAAAGUAAAAAAGAAAAUCGUCUGCAAUAAUAAAAAAAAAGAUUAUAACGAAAGCAGCCGAAAUACGUAAUCGAAAUUGCUAUAAAACCAAAAACAAACCAAAAAACAAUUGUCAAACAGCUCAACUCGAACACGAAAACGAUAAGUGAACCAAAAAAAAGAAAACGAAGGAAAAUAAAAGGCGCCUGAAACGAAUCCAAA